GUCGCGCGCGGGCGGCGCGUAGUUCCGCGCCACUGCUCGGCCGCAGUGAAAGCGCACCGUGCGCGCUGUCCGCCGCGCGCCCUGCAACGUGCAACGUGUCGCGUGCUGCGUGCAACCCGUGCACGCUGUGCAGUGACUGUGCUGUGGUUGUGCACUCGUCAAAUAGCUGGUUAUUAAGUAAUGACACACAGUGAAUGCCCCGGCGACACCGUCUUGCAACGUAGAGUGGAUGUGGUCGCCGCCCGCCGGCGGGGAUGACGCCGUACAUGCACGAGUACUACUGGAGACGGCGGGAGCCGACGUCGUGGCUGGUGUACCCGGCGUCGCGGCUGCAGCGCCUGCUCCAGUCCGCCAGCAGCCCGCCGCCCGCGCUGCGCCGGCCCUCCGUCAUCACAGUGUCGGGUCGCGGUGACGUCAGCCACUUCUUCAACACACAGAUGGUGCUGGACCUGAACGAGGAGUCCGGCGAGCUCAUCAAGUCGCCGUCGCCGCCGCCCAGCCACGAUGGCUCCGCCAGCGGCGAGGGCGACAUCAGCGGCGACGAGCGCCCCCCCUCCCCGCCCCGCGCGCCCUCCGCGCCCCUGCCGCACCCCUCGCACCCCGCGCACCCCGCGCACCCGCCGCACGUCGCCAGCGCGGCCGCCGCCACCGCCGCCGUGUUCAACGCGGCGGGCGCCGGCAACGCGCUGGCGCAGCUCCAGCACCUGCUGCUCACCCAGCACGGCGCGCACUCGCUGCUGCUCCACACGCAGGUACAGCAGGCAGUGGCGCAGGCGGCGGCGCAACAGUUGCAGCAGCUGCAGGCGCGCGCCGGCGCAGUGCCGCCCCCCACCACGGGGACGUCGCCCACUUACAAGUACAUGCAAGACGGACGGUCUCCGUCACCGCGGCGCACGCCGCCCGGCGCGGGCGCAUUCCUCACGCCGCUCACGCCGGGCUCCGGCCGCGCGCGCUCCCCGCUGCACGCGCACGCGCACACUCCGUUACACGCGCACGCGCACAAACCGCGCGCGCUCGAGCCCACGGCUGAUGACACUGCCGACCUCGAAGAACUGGAACACUUCGCCAAGACCUUCAAGCAGAGACGCAUCAAACUCGGGUUCACGCAGGGCGACGUCGGCCUCGCCAUGGGCAAGUUGUACGGGAACGACUUCUCGCAAACGACGAUAUCACGGUUCGAGGCGCUCAACCUGAGCUUCAAGAACAUGUGCAAACUAAAACCGCUCCUGCAGAAGUGGCUGGAGGACGCCGACUCGUCGCUGGCGGGCGGCGGCGCCGGCACGGGCGCCGGGGCCGCGCUGGGCGCCGGCCUGGCCGAGGCCGUGGGCCGGCGCCGCAAGAAGCGCACCUCCAUCGAGUCGGGCGUGCGCGUCGCCCUGGAGAAGGCCUUCCUGCACAACCCCAAGCCCACCAGCGAGGAGAUCGCCGCGCUGGCCGACGCGCUCUGCAUGGAGAAGGAGGUGGUGCGCGUGUGGUUCUGCAACCGGCGCCAGAAGGAGAAGCGCAUCAACCCGCCGGCGGGCGAGGGCGCCGGGGGCGCGGGGGCGCGGGCGCUGGCGCCGCACGCGCACGCGCUGCACGCGGCGUCCGUGGCGCUGCAGCCGCUGGCGCUGCUGGCGCGCGCGCCGCCGCGCGACUGACGCGGCCCGCCGGCGGGCCCCGGGCCCCGGCUGACACAUAUCUCGUUGUAAAUAGUGCGCGGGCGCGGCGCGGUGUACAGACUAGUGUUAGCGUGUAUAUAGAUGUACGUGCGGGCCGCUGCGCCCGCCCUAGGCUAAGUUUAUAUAUUAUUACGUGAAUUUUAUUUAUGUGGGAGCGCGGCGCUCGCCGCCGCCGCUGUACAGAGCUCAUAUCAGUUAGCGCUCCACGCGAUGACUAUGUAAGGUGGAUGUGUAGAAAACUAUCUGUAUGUUACAAUAAAACAUCAUAGACUUUA